AUGUCCGAGCGCUUGUACCGGUUCCGGAGAUGUGUGUCUCCCUGCCCGCGUUUCAUCACGGUAGGCGAUUCUCACGAACUGUGUGUUGCUUGUUUGGGCCUGUCGCACGCCACGGCAGCUCUUGAGGGGGCUGUUUGUGACCAUUGCGAGGCCCUGCCCAUGCGGGUACUGAGGUCCCGCGUGGCCCUCUUUUCCAGUGACGGACAGAUACGCUCUCCCCGUGGCUCGGGCCCCGCGCUCGCUGAGGCGGCACGUCGGGUCCGGUCAUGGGGUUCGCAGCAGGAUCUGUUGGAGGGUUCCGAGACGGCUGAGGCCCUUUCUCGUCCUUCGUCUGCCGAUUCCGACUCCCCUGGUCGUUGCUCGGCUUCUUCUGUUCGGGGACGCAGGCUGGAGAGGCGGUCACGCUCUGGCUCUGAGGAGCCGGCUGUGCUUGGCGCCAUGGAAGAGGUUGAGGACUUCCGGGUGUCGGACCGACGUCAUCAGAAGAGCGCCGCGCCGGACUAUGAUGAGCUGUUGGAUGUGGUGACUCGGGCCGUGGCAAAACUCGGACUGGAUUGGCCACAGGCUGUGAGGGAGCUUAACGCUGGUGGCAGGCUGGAUGAUCGCUUCCUGCGGAGCCACUCCGUGCCCCCGCGCCGAUCCAUGCCGUUUUUUCCGGAUUUACACAGUGAAUUGUGUAGAUCAUGGGAUAAACCUUAUUCUGCCCGGCUUUCUACUCCCCAGCUGCUGGAGUUUGGCAAUGUGGCAGGUAUUAAGGACUGCGGCUACGGGACGAUGCCGCGGGUUGAAGACUCUCUUGCUAGUUACCUCUCUCCACAGCUGACGUCGUCUUUUGGCAAGCCGGCGCUGCCGACGGGUCCGUGUCGGGUGACUUCCUCGCUGGUGGGGAAGGCGUAUAUGGCGGCAGGCCAGGCUGGUGCGUGCUUGCACACCAUGGCGGUUUUGCAGGCCUACCAGGCGGACCUGCUGCUGGAGAUGGACGAGAGAGGAGGCCCCUCUGAGGAGGAGUUGGCGGAGCUACGCCGGGCCAUGGAUCUUUCGCUUCGUGCCACCAAGGCUACGGCCCGGGCUGUGGGUCGCUCCAUGUCUGCGUUGGUGGCCACGGAGAGACACCUUUGGCUGAACCUUUCGGACAUCAGGCAGAAGGACAGAGAAUUCCUUCUGGAUGCGCCGGUUUCUACUACGGGCCUGUUUGGGGAGGCGGUGGACUCUGUCGUCGACAGGUUUCGCCAUGUGAGGUCCCAGGGGGAGGCAUUCCAGCAGUUUUUCCCUCGCCGGACUGGAUCCCGCUCUGCUGGGUCGGCUGGCCCUUCUCAGCCCUCUACCAGCUCCCACCGCCAGAGACAGAGUGUGGCUUCUCGCGGUCCCCCUCGAGUGGCUUGGGACGCUGGCCGUGGCGUUCGGGACGCACUAGCCGCCGCCGGGCCUUCUCCGCUCUGCCUUCCCCGAGGGGUGGCAGUGGGCCGGAGGUUCGGCUCCUGGACUACGGGUCGUCGGCGGGUUCUUCCUGGCAGCCCGCUUCAGGGGCUCUUCCGCGAUCAGCACGUCGCACUGGCCACCAGCCCCGAGGGGUUGGUUCCGCUGGCGGAUUUUGCGGACGCUUGGCGCGGUUUGGUGAACGUGUCCCCAUGGGUUCUGCGCACCGUCGUCGAAGGGUACAGGCUGCAGUUCCGGGUCCGCCCCCCCGGCUUCUCUGGGGUGGUCCGGACUGUGGUGCGCCCGGACCAGGGCCUGGUGCUGGGACUGGAAGUGCGCUCGCUGCUGGAGAAGGGGGCCGUGGAGCUCCGGUCCGGUUUCUACAGCCGGUAUUUCCUGGUUCCCAAGAAGGACGGGGGUCUGCGCCCUAUUCUGGAUCUGCGGGUUCUAAACCGGUCUCUGAGGAGAUACAGGUUCAAGAUGCUCACCAUCCCCGCCAUCGUGUGUCCCAUCCGGUCCGAGGACUGGUUUGUCACCGUGGAUCUGAGGGACGCUUACUUCCACAUCUCCAUUCGUCCUUCCCACAGGAAGUUCCUGAGGUUCGCCUUCGGGGGCGUGGCGUACCAGUAUCGGGUUCUUCCCUUCGGCCUGGCACUCUCCCCUCGCACUUUCACCAAGUGUAUGGAUGCGGCGCUGGCCCCUCUGCGGCUCCAGGGCAUCCGGGUCCUCAAUUACAUCGACGACUGGCUUAUCCUGGCUCAGUCUCGGGAGUUGGCGGUUCGGCAUCGAGAUGUCGUCCUUGCUCAUCUUCUUCGUUUAGGGCUGAGGCUCAACGAGGGGAAGAGUGUGCUAGCACCCGCCCAAAGGACUGUCUUCUUAGGGGUGGUGUGGGACUCGUUGACAAUGCUGGCACGUCUGUCUCCGGCUCGUGUCGAGUCCCUUCUGGCCGCGGUGAAGGGUGUGAGGCUGGGCCACGCCAUCACAGUGAAACACUUCCAGAGGGUGUUGGGCCUCAUGGCGGCUGCUUCCAGCGUGAUACCUUCUGGUCUUCUGCACAUGAGGGCCCUGCAGUGGUGGCUGAAGUCCAAGGGGUUCUCCCCGAGGGGGAACCCAUUCCGCCUGAUACGGGUUGCGCACAAAUGUCUUCGUGCCCUGUCGGUGUGGAAGAAGCCUUGGUUCCUGGGGGCUCCCUGUCGCCGUGUAAUCGUUUCGACAGACGCUUCCCUCACCGGGUGGGGCGCGGUCAUGGACGACCGCUCGGCGAGGGGUGUUUGGCAGGAGCGUCACUCGUCAUGGCACAUCAAUUGCCUCGAGAUGCUGGCCGUGUUCCGAGCUCUGCGGAGCUUCCUGCCUGCACUCCUGGGUCAUCACGUGCUGGUCAGGUCCGACAAUACAGCUGUGGUGGCCUAUCUGAAUCACCAGGGGGGUCUGCGCUCGCGCCCUCUCUGCAGACUGGCGCAUCAGAUCCUCCUGUGGUCCCAGCGGAGACUGCUCUCUCUCAGGGCGAUGUUUAUCCCUGGGCUUCAGAAUCAGGGUGCGGACCUGCUGUCGAGACAGGGGCUGAGGCCCGGGGAAUGGCGGCUCCACCCCGAGGUGGUGGAGUCCUUGUGCGCAAGGUUCGGACCUAUAGACGUGGACUUGUUUGCGUCUCAGGAGUCUACGCACUGUCCUCUGUGGUUCUCCCUGACGCCGCCGGCCCCGCUAGGGCUGGACGCCAUGGUGCGGGAGUGGCCGAGGCUGCGUCUGUACGCUUUUCCCCCAGUCGCCCUGCUCCCGGGGAUCCUGGAGAGGGUCCGUCGGGAGGGCAUCUGCCUGCUUCUGGUGGCUCCAUUCUGGCCGACCCGGGUGUGGUUCUCGGACCUGAUGGCGCUCCUGGACGGUCUGCCAUGGCGCGUCCCUCUGAGGAGGGACCUGCUAUCCCAGGACGGGGGCCGGGUUCUUCACCCUUGCCCCGCCCUGUGGCGGCUGUGGGUCUGGCCCUUGAGGGGGCCCAGUACCUGGAGGCGGGCCUGA